AUGGAAGAGCUAAAGCACCUUAGAAUACUCAAUAAAGUUCAAGAGAGGAUAUUUGAAGAAUGGAAAACUAAUGACAGAGAUCUUGCCGAAUAUUUGUGCCAUAUCGGAAAAGAAAGUAAGUCAUUUGAGGAGUUUAAUGAAAAGAUAUUAAGUAUUAAUGGGGAGAAAGUUUCGAACAAGCUAUUAGAUGAUAUAUAUUCCAUAAUAAAUGGAGGUGAAUCUAGGUCGGAGAAAAUAAACAAUGAAUGUUCGCCACUUCCAGAAACGAAUUUGAAUAGAAAUGAUAAUUUGUGCUUUGCGAUGCCAAAUGAAAAGGCACCAUUAAGUAAACGUGCUCUGGAACUUCUUAGAAAGGAGGACCCUAAUUAUAAAGACAUUAACAGACGAAAUAAAUGCCAAAGUGAAACAAUUUCUUCUGGAUUUGGAAUGAAAGACAUUCAUGCUAAGAAAGGAUUUGGGGCAAUUUCAGGUAUUAAACUGGUUGAAAGCCGUAAUACAGAAUCUCAAUACUCUAACAAUAAACAAGAGGGAAUACCUAAUGAUUAUGAGAAGUGGGAAAUUAUGCAACUUCUUAAUUCGGGAGUUAUUUCAAGAGAUAAGAUUCCUUAUGAUAUUUGUGAGACCGUUAGAGAUACAAUGGACUCACAAAAUGUAGAAGUGUCUACCGAAAUUGAGCUCAGAAAUUACGAGCCAUUGUUUCUUAGAGGGCAGUCAGUUAAAAAGUUUAGUGUUGACUCUUCAAUACAAGUUGUGGUAAAUCCAGAAGGAAGUUUGAAUAAGGCGGCUGAACUAGCAUCUAACAUUGCAAGAGAACGAAGAGAAAUUCGAGAAUUUCAAGAAAAGGCGUUGCUAGACAGUAUUCCUAGGGAUAUGAGUAGACCUUGGGAAGACCCAAAUCCAGAAGCAGGAGAGAGAACGAUCGCAAGUGCAUUACGGGGUAUUGGAAUGAACUCUCAAACUACACCAGAAUGGAAACGCCAAUAUUUGGGGAAAAGUUUGGGUUUUGGUAAAAAGAAUAUUAAUGUUUCUAUAUCAGAUCAGAGAAAAAAUUUACCUAUUUAUCCAAUGAGGGAUUCACUAGUUGAAGCAAUAAGAAAUAAUCAGGUAAUAGUUGUGAUUGGAGAAACAGGUAGUGGUAAAACUACUCAAAUUACUCAAUAUUUAUAUGAAGAAGGAUUCUGCAAGGAUGGAGGAAUAAUUGGUUGUACUCAGCCAAGAAGAGUUGCUGCAACCUCAAUAGCCAGACGUGUUGCGCAGGAAAUGGGUUGUACACUGGGUUCAAAGGUUGGAUUUGCAAUUCGAUUUGAAGACAUUACUUCACCAGAAACAAGAAUUAAAUAUAUGACAGAUGGAAUGCUUCUUAGAGAAGCUUUGUCAGAUAACUGUUUAUCACAAUACAGCGUAAUUAUGUUGGAUGAAGCACAUGAAAGAACAAUAACGACAGACGUGUUGUUUGGGCUUUUAAAGGAAACAUGUAGAAAACGCCCAAAGUUCAGGUUAAUUGUGACAUCAGCUACUCUCGAGGCAGACAAGUUUUCUGCAUAUUUCAUGAAUUGUAAUAUUUUUACUAUUCCUGGAAGAACUUUCCCCGUUGAAAUUUUGUAUUCCAAAGAACCAGUGGAAGAUUAUGUAGAAGCAACACUAGUUACUGUACUUCAAAUUCAUUUGCGCGAGCCUCCCGGAGAUAUUUUGGUAUUUUUAACAGGCCAGGAAGAAAUUGAUAAUGCUUGUCAGACUCUACACGAAAGAAUGAAAAGACUAGAAAAUAUGAAGCCCCCUCCAUUAAUUAUAUUACCUGUAUACUCAUCUCAACCUAGUGAAAUUCAAUCUUUAAUUUUUGAAGACGCUCCUCCUGGUUGUAGGAAAUGCGUUAUUGCAACAAAUAUUGCGGAGGCAUCCCUUACUAUUGACGGGAUAUUCUUCGUAGUUGACCCAGGGUUUUCAAAAAUGAUGGUUUUUAAUUCCAAAACAGGAAUGGACAGUCUCACAGUCACACCAAUUUCUCAAGCUAGUGCAAAACAAAGAUCUGGAAGAGCUGGGAGAACUGGGCCAGGAAAGUGUUAUCGAUUGUACACUGAGGCUGCUUUCAAUACAGAAAUGCUCCCAACUACUGUUCCUGAAAUACAACGUACUAAUCUUGCUAAUACAGUACUACUCCUAAAAGCAUUAGGAGUUAAUGAUUUACUUAAUUUCGAUUUUAUGGAUCCUCCACCUACUACGACUCUAUUAAUUGCUUUGGAAACUCUAUUCGAACUUGGGGCACUUGACGAAGAAGGCUUCUUAACUAGGCUAGGCAGAAAAAUGGCGGAGUUACCAAUGGAACCGAAGCUGAGCAAAAUGGUUCUUUCUUCAGUUGAUUUGGGUUGCUCAGAUGAAAUAAUAACAAUUACUUCUAUGCUUUCUGUACAGAAUGUUUUUUAUAGGCCUAAAGAUAAACAAGCUCAGGCAGAUAGAAAGAAGUCUAAAUUUUAUCAUCCACAUGGCGAUCAUUUGACAUAUCUAAAUGUUUAUAAUUCUUGGAAAAAGCAAAGGUACUCCGUUCCGUGGUGUUAUGAUAAUUUCCUUCAGUCAAGAGCACUCAAGGGAGCGCAGGAUGUUCGCAAACAGUUAAUUAAUAUUUUUGACAAAUAUAAACUAGACAUAAUUUCUGCAGAAAACGAUCAUGAUAAAAUAAGGAAAGCUAUUUGUGCUGGAUUUUUUAGCAACUCGUGUAAGAAAGAUUCUCAAGAAGGAUAUAGAAAUUUAGUUGACAAUCAACAAGUUUACUUACAUCCGUCUAGCACACUAUUUAAUAAAUCACCUGAAUGGGUGCUUUACCAUGAAUUAGUUUUUACUUCAAAGGAGUAUAUAAGAGACUGUUGCACUAUUAAGCCUCAUUGGCUUGUUGAUUUUGCUCCUAAUUUGUUUCAAUUUGCUGACCAAGAUCAGCUCUCGAAGAGGAAAAAAAAAGAAAAAAUUCAGCCAUUAUACAACAAAUAUGAAGAUCCAAAUGCUUGGAGAUUGUCAAAAAGAAGAAAGUAA